AUGGCAAGUGUCCCGACUCCACCCUCGCUCGAAGGCGAUUCGCGAUGGUCGCCCGCCAUCGCCACGGUCAGCUUGGGCGCAGCGCACCUUCAUCCGAUCACAGCGAAGAUCAAGGCCGCCGCGCGCAAUGGCCAACGAGGGCUCGAGCUCUUUCAUGAUGAUCUCGCUGAGUUCGCCAAGAUGCUGCGCUGUCAGACAUAUCGACGCCGCGCACGCCAUUCGCGAUCUAUGCGCCGAGCGGGGGUGCACAUUCUAGCGCUGCAGCCCUUCCGACACUAUGAGGGCCUCCUGGAUCCCGCCCAGCAUGCUCAGCGCAUCGACGAACUCAAGCACUGGGUGCGAUUGUGCCAGAUCCUGGGCGACGACCUGUUCAUACUCAUUCCAUCAUCCUUCCUGGAUCCAUCCAUGAUCACAGGUGAUCGGGACCGGCUGGUGGCUGAUCUGGCCGAGGCGGCCGACGUAGCAUCCCCUGUUCGCAUCGCAUACGAGGCCCUCGCCUGGGGCACCUACGUCAAUACCUGGGAGGAUUGCUGGGACAUCGUGGUGCGAGCCAACCGGCCGAACCUAGGCAUCUGUCUGGAUACCUUUAACAUUGCCGCGCGAGUGUGGGCUGAUCCGACCAGCGGGACGGGUCGUCUUCCUGCGCAUGCGGACGAUGAUCUACAAGCAUCAAUGGAACGGCUCGUCCGGAAGAUUGAUCCGGACCGAGUUAUGAUGGUGCAGCUGGCAGAUGGCGAGCGCGUCGACCCACACACACCUUUCCUCCAAGCUCCAGGGCUACCCAAACUUCUAGCCUGGUCUCGGAAUGCACGUCUGUUCCCCUGCGAGGAGGAACGCGGUGGAUAUCUGCCUAUUCGUGAGGUAGCCGAGGCCUGUCUUAAUGGGCUAGGCUACACUGGAUGGGUCAGUAUGGAAGUCUUCUCGCGAACCCUUGGGGAGGACAACCCGUUGGUCCCAGACGAGCAUGCCGCACGGGCUAGCCGAUCCUGGCAGCGGGUCUUGCAACAGCUGGAUAACAGGGCUGAGAAAGUUCAGCCGAUUAUUCCCUAA